AAUAAAAAAUAAUUAGAAAAUACCAUGAAAUAUUGACUGGUAUGGCCCACUUGUGAUCAGAUGUGUUUGGACACCCUUGGGCAAGAAGAUUUCCCAACCGCCAUGCUGUUUAAGAUCUGUCCUUUGUAUUAAACCCAGAAAAUGUUAGUUCUGUUGGUGCCAGAGUGACCUUGGAUUUUGUUUAACAACUGCUUUUCUUUAAAAAUACCAUAUAAGGUAAAAACAUGAAAAGAAAUGUAGGUCUGCUGUGUCUUAAGGCAAUAAAAACAAUUAAAUAAAACUUCAAUGAAACAAAAUACAAGUUAUCAUAUACACAAACAGAUGUGCGCACACAAAGAGCUGUUAAGUUUAAGCCUAUGAGAAUAAAGGUUUUAAGUUUGUUUUUGAAUAUAGACCAAGUUCCAAUUGUCCUCAGGUCAGCUGGCUGCUUGUUCCAAACAUCAUCACCACAGUAACUGAAAACACCCUCAGCACGCUUCUGUCCAAUUCUGGGAACAGUUAAAAGAUCUGCACCUGAUGACCUGAAAGGUCUAAUUGGGCUAUAAACUCUGAGGAAGUCAGAGGGGGUAAACCACUGAGUGCUUUAUAAGCUACACAAUGUGAAGUGGACUAAAAGACUGAAAGAAAAUUCUGACAACUAACAUACAGGAGAAACUUGACUUUGAGAUGAGAAUGCGAGAGGGGGCCUACAAGCUGCUGCUCGCUUGCAGUAAGAGAGAACAGGUACUAAAUGCUUCCAAGAACAUGUUUACCUGCAACGCCCGGAUAAAGGCAUAUCUCUGUCAGCUGCAGAAGCAAAAAGAGGAAGAGGACAUGAUGGGGGGAGUCGGCAGACCUACAGAUCUAAUUUCAGGUGCCCGUUUGCCCUGUAAUGGAACAAUUGCUUUGUCAGGGCUGCGCAUACCUUUGAUGUGGAGGGACUCAGACCACUUUAACAACAGAGGGAGUUCUCGCAGGGUGGCUGUGUUCUGUCUGAUGCAGAUUGGCUCAGAAGUGUUUGACACUGAAAUGGUGGUGGUGGAUAGAUCAGUCACUGACAUCUGCUUUGAGGGAAUUACCAUCUUUAAAGAAGCAGUUCCUCAGUUUGAGCUGAAGGUGGAGUUGUGGAGCUGUGCCCUAGAGGAGGAGCUCACACUGGUAAACACGCCAAAGAAACUGGCAAAGAAGCUCCGCAACUCCUUUGGAAAGAGCUCUGGGAGGAAGCUCUGCUCUCUGCUGGACACUCCAGACCCUGACACCUUCCUACAGCACAACCCAAUACCGUCUGGAGCCAAAUACAGCCUGUUGGCCUACACAACGCUGUGUCUGCCCGAGGCUGAAGGCAGCUUUCAGUCUCACUCCCUUAUUGUCCUCCAAGAUGCCGAGUGGUCCUCUUGGCUUCCACUUUAUGGUAACCUCUGCUGCCGGUUAGUGGCUCAGCCUGCCUGUAUGACACAGACCAUGAUGGCCGGUCACCUGAGCCAGAAGCAAAGUGUGGAAGGCAUGAGCCGCUGCUGCAGUCUUUACUGCGUGCUGAGUGCCGGCUUUUUGUCUUGUUUCUUCACUCCAGAAGAAAUUGAUGCUAAAAUACAACCCAUUCUCAAAGUACCCAUUAAUAAGGACACCCGAAUCCGAGUGUUGGAGAAGGAAUCAGCAGGCCACAAAUCUAGGAGCCUGUCCAUCAUUAACCCUUCACCAGAGGGAUCGCAGUCCAUCGUCUUCACCACAGACACCAGGGAAGCGCUGGAGGACUGGGUGGAAGCCCUCCACCAGCACCAUUAUGAUCAGAGCCAGUGGGUGCACUGCUGUGACCAGCUAAUGAAGAUCGAAGUCGCAUCUCCACGGAAACCAUCACUUUUUCUCUCUAAGCAAGCAGACUCUGUUUACAACGACCUGAGUAUAAAUUCACCAGGCAAGUUUGAGAGCAUCACUGAUAUUAUCCACAAUAAAAUUGAGGAGACAGAUGGGCACUUCCUUAUUGGCCAUGAAGAGGAGAAAGAGGCACCUAACUGGUCCAGUCUGUUUGAUGGUUCCCAUUCAGUGGUAGUGCAGAAGGGUAUUCUGUCCCAGAGCAAAACCUCCACCCCUUGUUCGAGCCCCAAUCCCAGCAACAGCAGCUGUACUACCAACAGCAGCAAGAAGCGACGCGCUCCACCUCCUCCCCCUGACAGAGAGCCUUAUGUUGCUCCCACCCGCCCAGCCAGACCUCCUCUCCCUGCCUCUCUUCAUCAGCACCCUCCUCCCUCAUACCAGGAGAAAGAGAAUUCUAGCACUUCACGUCCAAUCACAAGGUCCAAAACAGGCAGACCAUCUCUGGAUGCCAAGUUUUCUGCCAUCAUCCAGCAGCUCCAGCGGAAUAAUGCUGGAGGAGCCACCGCCUCAAGUCGAAAAAAUGCUCCUCUGGGCGUGCUCAAUGUACACCCACAAGGUCAGCCCCAGCCCCCCCUCCAACAGCUGGACUACCAAAACCACCACACCCAAACCCCUGAGGCCACAGCUGAUCAUGGCUUUGUGAGAGCCACUGAUGGUCCUGGUCCUGUUCCCGCACCACGGAGCAAACUGAGGAAGUCUUUCAGAGAGAGGAUGAACCUUAAAGCGUUGUAACCCCAACCUUAGAUCAGAUCUACAGUGAGGUAACCUUACUACUAAUACAGAUACCUGCCACACUUUAUCAACCGAGCUGGGUAACGCUGCUAAAAUCAAAUAUAGCACUAUAGAACUAACUGAGGAGUGAUGAUAACUCGUCAUGAUCGGCGAUGAUAUUUGGGCUUGACUGUUGGUGUGGUCCUUAAUAGAAUACUUCAUCAUUUGGGAAAUGUGAUUUGCUGACAGUUUGGUGGGAAAAAUUCAAUACUACUCUCAUAUAUACAGGAAGGAGCUUGAGCCAGGACAUUUAGUUUAGAUUAGGAAGGUUAUAAAGCUGAAAAUGCAAAGACGAUUUUUCUCGAUAGGUAAUAAAUGUGUUUACCUGCACAUUUCUCUCAAUCAAAUAUUUUAAAUAAAACAAUAAGGUUAAAAGGGGAGUAAUGUCAGAAGCAGUGACUCACUGGAAUGGGCAUGACACAGCUCAGAGAAGUCACGCCAGCGCAAAACGAGUGUUAGUUAAUAUUUUAACUUUAGAUGUGAGCGUAGGUAGUUUUUACCUUUGGACAGUCUUCAGCCCGAGCUCCAGCUUCAUACUGACUGCACAAAUCUUACUCAACAAUGAAACACAUAAGCAUAGUUCCAAAAAUGCGUAACGGUUGUUUGCCAUAAAGGGUGGGUAGGUGAUGACGCCACGUUUGAGUUUACACCUUAGUUUGCAAUAUCAGGACUAUGUCUAUAAAUUUCCUGCUCCUCUUUCCCUUUCUAAACCUUCCAUGUGCAGCUAACCCACAGAUGAAAUUAAAAGCUGAAUGCUGGCUUAUACACCACUACCACCAUCAUCAAUCGCACUAAAAUGGAAAGGCUUAUUUCUUUGCUCUGCCACUGGAACAUGGAUUGAAGAAAGAGCUUUUGAAAAGGCGCCCAAAUUGGAAUUGAUCCAUUGGCCGACCGAGGACGAGUCAUUCCUUUUGGAACUAUUGACUUAUUCUACUUACUGUGAUGACUUUAUGACCACUAUAGCUGAAUUUAAGGAACAGAAUUUUAAGAGCAAUUGCAGGCACUAAUGUGACAUUCCCCCAAGGUCUUAAUAAUAGUGUGACCUUGGUUUUCAGUGGCUACACAGUAUGUCCAACAUAAUUUAACACUACAGCCAAUGUAUGCUAUAAACAUUAUUGAAUGAAUGAGUCUUUUGAGUAGCUGAAAUAAUGAAUGCCCUUGUGUGUGUGUUUUGAACAUAUCCAGUACUGCCAGCCACUAAAUAUCUCAGCCACUUAGUGAUAUUGUGUUGAAGAAUGGUCGUCAUAAUUACACACAGUGUGCAAAACAUUAGACUUUGCUCCCUUCACAAUCUAGUUGAAGCAUUAUAGUGAAAGCUGCAGUCCCUGUUUUCUUAAAUCUCACCCUCCAUACUCUGUUUAAUUUAGAGGGGAAGAUGUAGAUUUAGGAGGAGGUGGAUUACAGACGGGUUUAGUUUAAGCCUUGAAAGGGAAAAAGGGAGAGAAGAGUACAGAAAGCGCUGCAGCUUGAUUUUUAGCAGUGUGUCAAAUGCUUUUUGUUUGAUGUGUAUUACUGAUGCAUUAGUCACUUUGAUCUUGUACUGUAUACACUUGGAAACAUAAGAGAGGGUUUGAGGCUAGAACAGCACACCAUCAGUUUUCGCUGAUGAGAACAGUGGUUAUGUCUCAGACCCCGUGAUUAUCAAAAUAAUUACAUUGCACAUCCUACAUUUCCCCCCCCCAUCAAAAUCUUGGCCAUUUUCAGGUACACUAGGUAUGCUUGAGAAAUGCAUAGAAGUACCACUAGCAGGUACUCUGAAAGCUGUGUUAUUUUGGACAACUGACUGUGUAGCCCUGGUGAAACUAAUUGCAUGAAAAUAUAUCAUCUUAUAACGGAGCCAAAUUUGCUUUCAUUUUAUGAAUUUAUAAUCAGUUUAUAUAAAUGAAAACAGCAUCUUGAAUUUGUAGUUUUGUUUUGUUUUUUUUUACUGUUUUUGAUCAAAAUAUUUUGUAGUUUUUUACAUUAGUAUUGUCCUCUGAUCUCAAUGUUUGUUGUUUAGCAUGUUAAUUAUUUAGACAUUUAGUGGCACUUAAUUUUAUGUAUUGCAACCUAGCUAUUCAUUAAUCAUGUCCCACUGCAGUGUAAUUUGCGUAUAGUGCAAUGUUUAAAAAAAAUAUUGUAGUUAAUGUUUCUCAAAAGGUGCAAUUUUCUUCUCACUCUGUUGUCUUGGAAGCUCACCGUGUUUUUUAUGAUUGCUGAUCUGCAAUAAAAC